AUGUUGGGAAAUCAAAUGACUGCUUGUAUUUUAGCUUCACCUGAACCUGAACCUCAUCAACAGCAAAUGAUGAUUGUGAAGAGAAAUUCAUCUCGAGAAGACAAACUACAGAGGAAGAUCUUCGUAGGUAAUGUGAUUGAUCAUCCUGAAAUUACUAGUGUUAAAUUAUUCAAGUUUUUUUCAAAGUAUGGAGAAAUUGCUGAAGGUCCGCAUGGAUUUGAUAAAAAGACGGGGAAACCAGUAGGAUUUGCUAUUUUUGUGUAUAAAACUGUUGAAGGAGCAAGGAAGGCUUUAGAAAAUCCAAUAAAGAAUUUUUAUGGGCAUCCCCUGUAUUGUGAAAGAGCUAAUGGUGCUAGUGGUAGUAGCAAUGAGCAAAAAUCUGGAUUUAAUGGUCUUACUAGAAAUUUACAUCUGAAGAAUGAUGAUUGUAAUAGUGUAGGUAGUAGUCCUAGAGGUGGUGCUGGGUUUGAUUCUCAAAUUGGGGUGAUUGGUCGUCGGGUUUUUGUGGAUCAGGGGGAUAUUGAUGGUGGUAGUGGUAUUACUAAGCUAAAAUCUGGUUCUAAGUGGGACAUUAAUGGUGGUCGUAGUGGUAGUAAUAAGCUGAAAUCUGGUUCUACUAGAAAUUUAUCCCUGAAGAAUGAUGGUGGUAGUCCACAGGCUGGUGAUGGUGCUGGGUUUAGUGCUCAAAAUGGGGUUAUGAGUCGUCGGGUUUUGCAGCAUCAGUAG